AUGAAUGCCCUAAAUAAACAUAUUUGUCAAAAAGUUCGGUGUAAUCAUGGCUUUUGUGUACCCUAUGCUAACUCGAUGAAUUGUAAAUGUUCUGACGGCUGGAUCGGUGAACUAUGUAAUGAAGUUGAUAAGCUAUAUGAGCAAAAAACAAAAAUGUGUUCCAAAAAUUCAAUAUAUAUUAAUAGGCAACGGUCAAAAUCAUCCCUUCCCAUAUGUAUUUGUCCAUUAAAUAUGAUUGGUUCAUUUUGUAAUGUAAAAUUUAAUGCUUGUAGUGAAAAUCCUUGUCAUAAUAAUGCUACAUGUUUGCCAUUGACCGAUAUAAGUACUCACAAAGACAGUGAUAAACAAUAUGCAUGUAUUUGUCAAGAAGGAUAUACAAGUGAUUCUAGUUGUGAAGAGAAAUCAAGACGAAUUAAUAUUAUGUUCGACUACGACAACGUUAGCAUCAGUACCAGUAACAUAGAUAAAAUGCCGGCAGUUGUUAUUCAUUUUGUUCCAGCGACUACCGGUCCAUUAGGAUCGUUACAUGAAUAUAAUAAAAGAGAAUUGUACCAGAAUAUUAAUUAUAAACAGAUGCUGACAGUAUUUUAUGAGUCAACUGCAUUCGAUGUUGUUUAUUUACAAAUGUUUCCUGAUCGGAUAUCUAAUCCAUACGGUUUAUACUAUCUUAUUGUUUUACUAAAUGCAACAAACAGACAAUGGAUAAAUGACUUAAUUUUGAAUACAACCGUAGUUCAACAAAAUUAUUGUCCAAAUGUACAAGAAAUUCUAAACAGUACUGUAAUGAAAUUCAGUCGAUUAAGGCGUAUUAAAUAUUAUCAAAAACCAUGUCGAGAAAAUAUCGAUUUAGUAUGUUUCUAUGAUGAACAAUAUUUCUGUUUAUGUGAUCAAACACAUGAUAGCGAAUGUUUUUAUUUUGAUCAUAACAUUCAAAAAUGUGCCUACUGUGAAAAUGAUGGUAUUUGUAUUAACGAUAAUGAGAAAAAUCCAUUAAAUUAUGUUUGUAUUUGUCCAGGUAUAAUCAGUUUUCACUACAUUCAUAUCCAUUUGAUUAGACAAGGAACCUCUAUCCCGGUUACUUCCAUUGGCAUAGUAUGCAUUUUCUACAGAACAGGCGGACAUGUAACUACUACCGUUGAGGGUACUCUCUUUUCGCAUAAAAAUGACUUCCAGGCACCCAGAACUUCAUAUCAAUCAGAAAUUAACAUAUUCGGUGUCCACCCUCACCUAAUAUUGUUGUAUACCCAAUCUAUUGGGAUCAAUAAUGUUUGGUCACUCAAUAAUAUUGUACAAUAACAUUGGGUAAUAAUGGGUUCCACAAUACACUGGAUCCCAACUUUUUAACCUUAAUAUCAUUUACCUUCAUAAAAACGUGAGGAAGCAUAUUCUGAUCGGGAUUAGGCAUGCACCGAUUAAUAAUCGAUGUUAGCGCAUCCAGCAAGGUCGUUCCGAAUCAAUUAUAAAAAAAGCACUUAGAGCUGCCGAAUGUCGCUUUUUGUAGAAAAAUGUUUGCUCUCCCAAACUGAAGUAAAAAAGACAUUUUAGUGUUAUCGGCGACAGACAUAUAAGCAUCCAAAACUGAGCAAAAUUGCGAAAAAUGCGACUAUCUAUCAUUUUUCUAUGAUUAUAGUGCAUUUUCGAUUUAUUGUAUUUUCUCUAUGGAUAACAUUAAAAUUCUUUUAGCACUUCAGUUUGGUAGAGCAAACAUUUUCCUACAAAAUGAGACAUUCGGCAGCUCUAGGAGCUUUUUUAUAACUGAUUUGGAACGACUCUGCUGAAUGCCCUAAUAUUGUUUAUUAAUCGGUGUAUGCCUAACUGGGUUAUAUUCUGAUUCAAAACGGGAUAUAAAGCAUGCGUUUGUACCGUAAAAGUAGGCCGAACUUAAGUGACUCAAUAACAUUGUAAUUAGAUGACGUUAGAGCCAAUAAUCGGAAUAAAUAAUAUUUUAGAAAAGCAGCCAUAAUUGAUUAACUAUAUAUUCUUUAUUGAAUAAUAAACUCAACGUUUCGGGCUCGUCUUAGAGCCAUUUUCAACAGCAAAGUACAACUGAAACUUUUUAAAUGUACAACUGUACCACUGUAUCAAUAUAUAUAUAUACAAGGGUAGAGAAGAUUAAAGAAAGAAAUAGAUAGAGAGCAGAACAAGAAUGUAGUAAAAAUAUAUACUUGUAGUUUCGUCUAGUCUUUUUCUUCACCUCCACCACAAGGAUCAUACAUUUUUAAUUUAGAGAGUCCGUCUGUUUAGACAAUUAAAUGUAGAAUUUCUCGAUAUCAU